ACCUUAAUUUGAACUUGACAGUCUUUUUUUCUUAAUAAUUAUAUACUUGAUAGGGGUAUUAUAUGAUAUGCGUAGUGAAAUUACUUUGUACUUUUCUUUUGGCAAGGCGGACCAGACAGCAUCCCUCGAUUGCUUAUGCAGAAGAGGAGGAAGAAAGAGUGUGCUGACUUACAAGCUCACCGUGUGCACAGGUGGAUGAUAAGGAAUAUUGUAUAUUUAUAUGAUUCUAUGUGUGAACGAAUUGAAUGUUUCUUCCUCUUCUCCUACUAACCUCUGUCUGUGACAUGACAGUCUGUUGAUUUAUGACAUGUCAGAGGGACCCACAUUCUUCAUUUCAUGCAAUCUGCAAUUGGGCAUUGGAUUUAUGAUGCUUUGAGCUCAAUACUAAUUGAUUCAGAGCAGGUGCAGAGGACAAUGUCAAUGCUAGUAUGGUAGGUGGUUUUUCUUUUUUCAGUUAGCAGGACUUUUUCAGCUAGUGGAAUCAGUCCUUCUAAAGGAUAAGAAUCAGGACUUCUAUACAUAUAAAAGCAUCAGCAUUGGACAUUGUUAGAUCUGGGUAUAGGCCCGAUACGUGAUUGAUUGCUUGAUUUCGCUUUAAGCAUAGUGAAAUUUGCAUUUUGGAUACAGAUAGAGGGCUCUUCGGGUAUCGUCUGAUCAGAGGAGUAUUCAGGUACAAUGGCUCCUGUCCAAGACAGGGGUUUUGGGGACUCCGCAGAUCUGGAGAGCCCAUUUGGGGAAUUGGGGUGCCAGCUUUCUGAAGAUCAUCUAAGGGAGACAGCAUAUGAGAUCUUCAUUGCGGCAUGUAGACCUUCUGCUGGGAGAUCCACGCUCACAUACAUACCUCAAUCAGAGAAGGCAGCAGAAAGGCCGGAGAGAUCACUGUCUGUAUCACCAUCUCUGCAGAAAUCAUUGACCUCGGCUGCUGCAAGUAAGAUGAAGAAGGCCCUUGGUUUGAGAUCAUCUUCAAAGAAGACCCACAGCAGCCCUUCGAGAUCCAAAAAGCCACAGACAAUUGGAGAGCUCAUGCGGCUGCAGAUGAAUGUGACUGAGCAGACUGAUGCCCGUGUAAGGCGAGCUUUGUUGAGAAUUUCAGCUGGACAGCUUGGAAAGCGUGUUGAAGCUAUAGUGCUUCCAUUGGAGUUGUUGCAACAAUUCAAGUUGUCUGAUUUUUCAGAUGCUCAAGAAUAUCAAGCAUGGCAGAGAAGGAACUUGAGAAUCCUUGAAGCAGGUCUCCUCUUACAUCCUACCAUUCCACUUGAAAGGUCUCAUAGUGCUGCUCAACAACUCCGACAAAUUUUACGAGGAGCUGAUGAGAAGCCUAUAGAAACAGGAAAGAAUUCUGAGGUGAUGCAAUCAUUACGAAGUGCAGUUAUGAGCCUUGCUUGGCGGUCACAUGAUGGAUCCACAUCCGAGACAUGCCAUUGGGCUGAUGGAUUUCCUCUAAAUCUAUGGCUCUAUCAAAUGCUUCUUGGAGCCUGCUUUGACAGUGCAGAAGAAACAGCUGUAAUUGACGAGGUUGAUGAGGUGAUGGAGCUGAUGAAGAAGACUUGGACUCUGCUGGGCAUCAAUCAGAUGCUUCAUAACAUUUGUUUCACAUGGGUUCUAUUCAGACAGUUUGUUGUUACAGGGCAGGUUGAAACUGAUUUGCUUGGGGCUGCUGAGACCCAAUUAGUUGAAGUUGCACGGGAUGCUAAGACAGAGAAGGAUCCAUUGUAUGUCAAGGUCUUGAGCUCUACUCUGAGUACAAUUCAGGGUUGGGCUGAAAAGAGACUUCUUGCCUAUCACGAUACUUUUCAGGCUAGUAGCAUUAGUUUGAUGGAGAAUGUCAUUUCUGUAGCAAUAGCAGCUGCAAAGAUCUUGGUUGAUGACAUUUCACACGAGUAUCGUCGGAGGAGAAAGGAAGAGGUUGAUGUAGCUCGCAACAGGAUUGACAUGUAUAUUCGUUCAUCUCUUCGAACAGCCUUUGCCCAAAUGAUGGAGCAAGUUGAUUCAAGGAGAAGAUCAUACAAAAAGCAACAGAAUCCUCCACCAGCUCUUGUGAUACUGGCCAGUGACACUGGUGAUUUAGCUGUAAAGGAAAAGGAAUAUUUUAGUCCAGUCAUGAAGAGAUGGCACCCUUUUUCUGCUGGUGUGGCUGUUGCAACUCUUCAUUCCUGCUAUGGAAGAGAGUUGAAGCAAUUCUUGUCAAGUGUUACAGCAUUGACACCUGAAAGCGUUCAGGUGUUGCUAGCUGCAAAUAAAUUAGAAAAGGACCUUGUGCAGAUUGCUGUUGAAGAUUCAGUGGACUCUGAAGAUGGUGGGAAGGGGAUAAUUCGGGAAAUGCCACCCUAUGAGGCUGAUUCUGUCAUUGCAGAGUUGUCAAAAUCAUGGAUCAAAGAAAGAUUAGAUAGACUUCGGGAAUGGGUGGACAGGAACUUGCAGCAAGAAGUCUGGAGUCCUACAGCCAACAAAGAGCGGUAUGCACCCUCAGCAAUAGAAGUUUUAAGGAUUGUUGAAGAGACAUUGGAUGCUUUCUUUGACUUGCCAGUAUCUCAACACUCAGAUCUACUUCCAGACCUUGUGGGUGGGCUUGACCGAGUUCUACAGCGUUAUGUUUUUCAAACUAAAUCUGGAUGUGGAACGAGAAACAGUUAUCUUCCCCUUUUGCCUGCGCUUACCAGAUGCUCAACUGGAUCAAAGUUUCAUGGUGUGUGGAAAAAGAAGGAGAAAUCUCCAAGCAGUCAGAAAAGGAAGUCUCAGGUAGAGUCAAUCAAUGGUUCAGAAUCUUUGGGGUUGCCACAACUCUGUGUUCGGAUUAACACUUUACAUCACUUUCGGACUGAAUUGGAGCAAUUAGAGAAAAGAAUAUCCUUUGGCUGGAAGACUGAUUUGUCAGUCAAAAGCAACGAAACACUGAAAUUGGCUUCCCUGACUACUGGAAGUGUGCCUGAAGCCAAGUUUGAAAUUUCCCAUAAGGGCAGUAAGGAAGGCAUCCAGGACCUUUGUGAGUCUGCUGCAUAUAAAGUGGUCUUCCAUGAUUUGAGCAGUGAACUCUGGGAUGGUUUGUAUAUGGGGGGAACUGCCAAUGCAAGGAUAGGACCUUUCCUUGAACAACUUGAAUCAAACCUAGAGAUCAUAGCAAACACUGUCCACACAAGAGUUCGUACUCGUGUCCUUACAGCAUUGAUGAAGGCCUGUUUUGAUGGAUUUUUGUUGGUAUUGUUGGGAGGGGGCCCUUCUCGCGCUUUUUCAAAAUAUGAUUAUGAAAUGAUAGAGGAAGAUUUUGUGGCUAUCAAGGAUCUGUUUAAAGCUGAUGGUGAUGGCCUUCCUUCAGAGGUGGUCGAAAAGGCAGCAAUGCCUGUGGCAGAUAUUUUGCCUCUAUUUUCAACUGAUACAGACCAGCUGAUUGAGAAUUUCAGAUAUAUGGUUUGUCAAGCAAAUGGCUUAUCUUCAGCCAAGUCAAAGCUACCAUUGCCUCCAACAACAGGUGCAUGGACUCCAACAGAACCAAAUACACUUUUACGAGUAUUGUGUUAUCGUAAUGAUGAUGUGGCUACCAAAUUCUUGAAAAAAACUUACAAUCUGCCUAAGAGACUUUAGUACUCUUUUGUGAAAGUCGACAUCCAUUAUGGAGUCUAUAUUGUAGCAUGAAUAUGGUCCUUUUUUGGUAUGAUGAUUUUAAUCAGUGUGUAGAGUACUUAAGAUUUUUUAAAUUGUAACUCAUGUACAGGAAUUCUUGACUUUGUAGAGAAGCAAGUCUAGUUAACUAAUCAGUCUGCAAAUUUUCAACUGGUGACAGAAUUGAAAUGACCCUGAUGUAAAGCUUUUAUUAUCGUAUCAGCAAGGAAGUGAUCAUUUACAUGA